AUGGCUGAGGAUGAUGAAAGCCAUGUAGACUCUCACGAAUCUUUAUCUUCAUCUGUUAUAAAUAAUGAUCUCGAUGUAUCUUCAAAUCAUGAUGAAAAUAUAACAAUUGAAGAUGAUAAAAUCAAUAACGUCAGCAUAAUAAUUGCUUCUGAUAGAAACAGUUUUGUAAAAAGAUAUGGAACUUAUGAUUUAAAUCGGUCUAAAGACGUUGAUUCCACUGCUACCUUUUCGGAUUCUGCACAGGCUGCAAAUUUCUCAUCAUCAUCAUUAAUUAAUCAUUCAUUAUCUAAAUUGACAUUUCAACAACACCAAACUUCUGUUAAUAAAAAUUCAUCUUCAAUAUCUAAAAAAUCUGAAUCAUCAACUAAAAUAUUAUCUCCAAUUAAUACGUCAAAUUUCGACAAUACUAUUACCACGAAUCUUGAUGAUAUCCCUCAAUCACCUUAUGGUGGCAUAAAAGUUACAACUGUUGUAGAGGUAUUAAAUAGUCCUAUAAAAAAUGAAUUUGAAAACGAAGUUGCUUCUUCCACUACUCCCAAAGUCAAUCAAUUUCGCACUUCAACUUCUUCAACAAAAAGUAAAAAAAGAAAUUCUCGUCCUGAAAAUAUUUAUACUUCAGUUAACGAUUUGCUUGUUAGUAAUGGGGAACGUAAAAGAGUUAAAAAUCUUAAAAUUGGAAAUAAGAGAAAAGGAAUUUUGGAUAAACAAAAAGAAAUCAUUAUUCCUAAAGAAAUGGCUUUUAUCGAUCCAAAAUUGUUGACUCAUGGUAAUCUUGUUAGAAUUCCAUCAAAUCGUAGAUUAAAACGCAUCAAUAGUAACAUACACAGGAAAAAAAUACCAAAAAAUAUGGAAUAUGCACCAACUUCAAACCCAACCCAUUCCAAUGAUCCUACUGAUAUAGAUGCUGAUCUUCCGCAAAAAAACUCGGCUUAUCCAUGGUUGCCAGAACUUUCUAAACCUCCCCAAUUGCUUCACGCUUCACUUGUACCUUUACCUCAUUGUUCUACGAGUUCUUCCCUAAUUUCAAAUAUUUCGACAUCUAAUUUUCUUUCUCGUAAAAAUUCUUUGAGAAAACGUACAUCUUUAAUACAAUCAUCUAAUCGAGCAUCACUUAUCUUUAGACGUCAACUUCUAGAAGAGAAUACGAUUAUGUCAACAAUUGAACCAACUUUUCCAACCCAUUUGCUUAGUUCUACACCAUACUCUGAUAAUCAUUCAUCGACUAAUAAAAAAUUAAAAUUUCCACAUACACUGCCACUGGGAUCAUUGCCCACAACCUCCAAAACUAAUCAACAACAAUCUUUGGGAAAAGAAGAAUUUGAUGACGAGCUUUAUUCAAAUAAUAAUAAAGUAUUACCUUCAAUUGCAAAUAAACCGCAAAAGAUUAAUAUAAAUAUUCUUGGAGGUCUUUUUAAUAAGCAAAAUCCAAAGGAAACUAGUGCUAAUCAACAACAAUCACUACAAAAUCAUCACCACCAAUCGGUUUCUACAUCAAUUACAUCAACACAAUUACCUCUAUCACCUUUAUCACCAACAACUCCACUUCCAACAAAAUCACAUUUUAUAUCACAGAAAACCUCACCUCCACAAUCGCCACCAUUAAGUCCAUCAAAAUCUUCACGUUUACCGACUCAAUUACCCAGAGUAGGAAAACAACGUCAUAUGAACGAAGUUCUUCAACAUUCUUCAAACUCAAAGAAAAUAAGAAAAAGAGAACAAUCUGAAGUAGGUACCGAUACAACUCAUAUAAUUAGUAAUAAUACAGCAAAUCGCUCAGUAGGAAAGAUAAAAAUUUUAAAAAUUGACAAUGACAACAAUAGCAAUGCUUUAUCUUCCACCACAUCGUCCUUCUCAAAUUCUACCACAAACUCAAAUGAUUUCAAUUCUUUAAUGAAUAAUAAUCACGAAAGAAAAACCCUCAUUAAUAUGAAAGUGCCUUCAACAUACAUUCACAAAGGUCAUUUUUGCCAAGAUUCAUAUAACGGAAUUAUUUUUGGAAAUAGAGAAAGCAUUAACAAUAAUAGCGAUAAUUACGAUCGAAAUUCUGUCGAUUCAGCAGAUAAAAUUUCAUUAGUCGACAGAAUUUGUUCAUUACAGACCUGA